GUCUCUGAACUCGUGGUUAAAGAAGAGAUGACUCGAGAGUCGGAAUAGAUUUGAAAGUUUAAAUCUUUGGUAUCAAAGAGGCCAAGUGUCACACUUUAGAAAGCGACACGUGGGAGAGAGAGUCAAAGGUCAAACCUUUUUUACUUUCUUAAAUAAAUUGUCCGAAACCACGAACACACCUCUGUCACUAAUACGGAGAAAGCGAGAGAAACCCUAAGUAACUAGCGAGAGAUGUCUUCUUCAGUUGCAGCUAGGGUUUUCAGGGGAUGCAAAUCGCUUCUAGCUCCUGCUUCUCAAGCCACCACCUCUUUCGAGCUUUCUACUUCGAGGAGUUUAAGCACUGUCACCUCUGGAGGCACCAAGAAGUCGUCGGCGGCGAAAUCGAAGUCCAAACCUAAGCCAAAGUUGAAACCAGACUCUCCGGUGAAAAAGACGCCGAGGACUACAGGAAUCUUCAAGGCGAGCCCCGUGUCUCCAGCUCUAGCUCAGUUCCUUGGUACCGGUGAAACUACACGUACGGUCGCAGUCAAAGAGAUUUGGACCUAUGUCAAGUCCCACGACCUUCAGAAUCCUGCAGACAAGAGGGAGAUCUUCUGCGAUGAGAAGCUGAAACAAAUCUUUGAAGGGAAAGACAAAGUCGGGUUUCUGGAGGUCACAAAGCUCUUGUCCACUCACUUCGUGAAGACUCCUUGACAAAUAAUUAGCUCAACAUGGAAAGCUCUUGUUCUCGUUAUUAACGUUGUCAAUAAUCUAUUAACUCUCUUUUGUUAGAAAAAAAAGACUGCAAACAUGGUUUGACUUGUGAACAAUUGUGUUUUUGCUUCAAGUUUGCAAACUAUUAAUCAAGUAAUCACUUACUUUUACUUAACACUC